ACUUCCUUUUAAUUCUAACAUCAAGGCAUCCGUUGAAGGGCACAAGCAAGGCUAAAGCAAUCUCCUGAAGGGUCUUGUGCUCAAGGUUAACUAACCAUCAUGGGAGGUCAUGACGCAGGAUCUCAGCACCAGUUCACUGGGUUUGCAAAAUACUUCAACGCUUACACCUUGGUAGGCAGGAGAAAUUGCGUUUUGGCCACAUAUGCCAGCAUAGCAGCAAUUGCCCUUUUCUUCAAAUUGAAGCCCAAGAAACAAGCCGCAGUCACUGAGAAGUAAUAUGUACUGUAUUUGAUUUCUACCUGCUGGGAGUGGAGAAGGCAGCUGUAUGUGCUUGGAAUAUAAUAACUGUUUGAUUUCUCUAUGUUAACAAUAAAGACCAUUUCUGCCCGAA